AGCAAAUCAGAGUGGGUUAGAACAAGCCCUUACCGUGUCUACAAGCAACUGAGAUUGGGAAAUCUUCCUUUAAUAGAUCACAGGUUAAUCAUUGACAGCUGACUCAGCACGGAAAAAUUUUGGGUCAUGUGGUUAUUCUUGGCUGUAUUUCUGGGCCUCUACUUCUUUCGUCGGUGGUACCGAGAGAGACAGACCAUAGAGAACCUGAGAAAGAAGUACGUCUUCAUCACCGGCUGUGACUCUGGAUUUGGAAGCCUGCUUGCCAAGGAGCUGGAUCUGAAGGGCAUGAGGGUCUUAGCAGGAUGUCUCACCCAGAAGGGGGCUGAGGAGCUGGAGAAGGCCACAUCUGAUCGCUUGAAGACCACCCUCCUGGAUGUGACCAGCACAGAGAGUGUCGCUGAGGCUGCUGAGUGGGUGAAAGGAUGCGUGGGGGACCAAGGGCUCUGGGGCUUGGUAAACAAUGCUGGUAUUGCUAUGCCAAUGACCCCCAAUGAAUGGCUUACUAAGGAGGACUUCGAAAAGAUCAUAAAUGUGAACCUGCUUGGGGUGAUUGAUGUGACACUGCACAUGCUGCCCUUGGUGAGAAAAGCCAGAGGGAGGGUAGUCAACAUUUCCAGUGUGUUGGGGAGAGUGGCCUUUUUUGGAGGAGGUUAUUGCCCAGCCAAGUUUGGUGUGGAAGCUUUCGCUGACAGCCUCAGGCGGGAACUCCAGCCUUUUGGAGUCCAAGUCAGCAUUGUUGAGCCUAGCGGCUUCAAUACGUGUGUUUUCAGCACGGUAGAAGAAAACAUGCAGAAUGUGUGGAGUCAGCUUUCUUCUAACAUCAAAGAAUCCUACGGACAGGAGUACUUUGUGAAAUAUUGCAGAAGAUUUCAAGAUAUGUUAAAGGGAUUCAGCUCUAACCUCUACAUGGUCACUGACUGCUUAGAGCAUGCUCUGCUCUCCUGCCACCCCCGCACGCGCUACUCUGUCGGCUGGGAUACGAAGCUCUUCUACAUUCCUCUCUCUUACUUACCCACCUCAAUAGCAGACUAUCUGCUAAGCAGUUUGAAGCCUGAACCAGCACAGGCAAUGUAGAUUAUGUUAUGGAAGUAGUAUUACCAUCCAAACAAGCCAGUAGAAUGUAACUAUGACAUAAUAGCGAUUGUAACACUGAAUAUCCUAAUUGAAUCAACACUGAAUAUCCUAAUUGAAUAUCCUAAUUGAAUCAUUUAAUACAUAAGUAUGAUUUUUAUUUUGCUUUAAGCUUUGUUU